CCAACACCUGCAACCACCGCUCCUCCUCCACGAACGCAGAGAUUGCGCGCAAAUAUGCUCCUAUUUCGCCUCUCGAUUGUCUUUGCAGCAUCGUCAUGCGUGCGGGCGAAGCGCAACCAAGAGGAAAUCUCGGUUGGAUUCAAUCUCGGAAUCUCAUAUGGAACCGCGGCCAUCGCCUACCCAAAUGGAACACAUGUCGCGGUAGCAAAAGUGGGCAGCAGCAAUGAGUACCGACAAACUAUGCUCAGGCUUUCGGAGCACCCGUUCCAUCAACUGUACCGCGAAUCCCGAGCACAUCAACAGGAACACAAAAGGCCUGGGUUUCCGGCCUCUGACGACGCUCGCGUAAUCGGCGCCCUAGUCAAGAGUCUGAAAGAAGAAACUGAAAAGCUGCUUUGUCGGGAGGUGAUUGCAGCUGCAGCUGCUGUCCCGCACUUCCCGGCCCUCUAUGACCGGCAUCUCUACGACGCGUUCAAACACGCUGGUCUGCAGUACCUCGAAAUCAUGCAGCGAGGGAAUUAUGACGAUGGCACGUUCCUUACGUUCGAAACCAGCGCCGCGCUUGCGGGACACGGCCUGUCUCUAUGCACUAACACUACGGACCGAGAGGCGUGCCCACGCCCGCCGCCCGAUGAGCAUCAUAAUCAGGAUGAUAUCUACUACGUCAUCGACUACACCGAUUCCAGCAUUCUCGCAUAUCACACAAUCGCUAUCAGCAAUGAUGCAUACCACAUCACCGACUACCCUGCUUUCAAUCUUAAUCUCUCCAGCGACGGGAGAUCCCGUGAGAUGGAGCUCCGCCACAUCCUACUUGGACCGCUCCAGCGAAUGCACUACCGCGUUCCCACCAAAGCUAUCCUUGUCGGAAACAGCAUACACGACGCCUGGUUUAGGGCAGCGCUUAAUGAGACGAUGGAAUCUUUCUUCAACUCGACGAAGAAGACUGUUCCAGAAGUCGUCGAGAGCGAUGCUCAGUUCGUUCAGGCGAAGGGUGUAGCGGAAUUUGCGAGACGGCGACGGCUUUCACCCGAGGCAGGAUCAAGAGCAACUUGGAAUGGACCUUCGGGAGUAAUAUCACAGCAGAAAGUGCUCAUGAGGGAUAGUUACACGGAGGUGACGUGGAGCUGAGGACGGUGUGGACUGGGGCGUUCUGCCCCGCCCUCGCAUCUAGGCAACUGGGCUGAGCAACGAUGGAUCUGGCAACUAAUGCCAGACGCGGUAGUGACUGCAACUUUUGCUCUCAUUACACUACCGGAUGUGUCUGAUUGUAUCGUGAGGCACGACAUAUUUGCUAUUCUAGGGGGAGGAAGCCGCUGGACGUAGGUGCAUAUGCUGGAUUGAUAGUUCAGACAGCCGAGCCGUGCUCCCUCAGUCCCAGCGCGGACACAUGUGGACCAGAGAAGAUGAGCCAAUGUCGCCACGGCUAUCCAAAGCCCUUAAAACAGGGAAACAAUGCCGCAAUAGGGGAAUGG